GGGCGGCGAGGUAUUCGUGAUUGUGAAGUGCACGGCGGUGAAGUUCUUCGGCUCCACUCGGAUCUUUUUUUUUUUUUUUUUUCUUUUCCAGGUCGUUGAGUGUUUGACUGCGGCCUCAGCAUGAGCAACAUCUACGAGUCGGCGGAGGCCACGCUGGGCUUCAUCAGUUCCCCGUGCCUGACCAAGGUGGAGCUGCGGGUGGCCUGCCGGGGGAUCUCGGAUCGGGACGCCCUCUCCAAACCGGACCCGUGCGUGGUGCUGAAGAUGCAGUCGCACGGGCAGUGGUUCGAGGUGGAUCGCACUGAGGUGAUCCGUAGCAGCAGUGGCCCGGUCUUCUCCAAGAUCUUCUUGGUGGAUUACUACUUCGAGGAGGUCCAGAGGCUUCGCUUCGAACUCCACGACAUCAGCUCCGGAAACAACGGCCUCCGCGACGCCGACUUCCUGGGAGCCAUGGAGUGUACUUUAGGACAGAUCGUCUCCCAAAGGAAACUAACGAAAGCUCUUCUCAAGCAGGGAAACACUGCAGGAAAGUCCUCCAUCAUGGUGACGGCCGAGGAGCUCUCCGGUAACGACGAUUAUGUGGAACUCUCUUUCAGCGCUCGCAAGCUGGACGACAAGGAUUUCUUCAGCAAGUCAGACCCUUUCCUGGAGAUCUUCAGAAUAAAUGAUGAUGGGACGGAGUCGCUCGUGCACAGAACUGAGACGGUCAUGAACAACUUGAGCCCGGUAUGGAAAUCCUUCAAAGUUUCCCUGAACACACUCUGCAGCGGGGACCAGGAGCGGGAGCUAAAGUGCACAGUUUGGGACUGGGACUCCAAUGGAAAACAUGACUUUAUCGGGGAGUUUCAGACCACGUUUCGGGAGAUGAGGGUAGAACAGGAGGGGAAACAGAUCCAAUGGGAAUGCAUCAACCCUAAAUACCAGAUAAAGAAGAAAAACUACAGAAACUCUGGGGUUGUCAUUCUCAACCACUGCAAGAUCAUCAAGAUGUAUUCCUUCCUGGAUUAUAUCAUGGGAGGCUGUCAGAUUCAGUUCACAGUGGCAAUAGACUUCACGGCAUCCAACGGGGAUCCCAGAAACAGCUGCUCCCUUCACUACAUUCACCCCUACCAGCCCAACGAGUACCUCAAAGCGCUGGUGGCUGUCGGGGAGAUCUGCCAAGACUAUGACAGUGAUAAAAUGUUCCCUGCUUUUGGGUUCGGAGCUCUCAUACCACCCGACUUCAAGGUUUCACACGAUUUUGCCGUGAACUUUGAUGAGGAUAAUCCUGAGUGCGCCGGGAUCCAGGGCGUGGUGGAGGCCUACCAAAACUGCCUUCCCAAGAUCCAACUGUACGGGCCCACCAACAUCGCGCCGAUCAUCCAGAAAGUGGCCUCCUCCGCCUCGGAAGAGAUGCACACGAAAGAGGCCAUGGAAUACUUCAUCCUGCUGAUCCUGACUGACGGCGUCAUCACCGACAUGGCCGACACGCGGGAGGCCAUCGUGCACGCCUCCCACCUGCCCAUGUCCGUCAUCAUCGUCGGCGUGGGGAACGCCGACUUCACGGACAUGCAGAUCCUGGACGGGGACGACGGGAUCCUGCGCUCGCCCAAGGGCGAGCCUGUCCUCCGGGACAUCGUCCAGUUCGUCCCCUUCAAGGACUUCAAGCAUGCCUCUCCAGCUGCUUUGGCUAAGAGUGUCUUGGCAGAAGUCCCGAACCAGGUGGUGGAUUACUACAACGCGAAAGGAAUUAAACCCAAGUGUAUGUCGGAUUACGAGUCCACGAGAACCUUCAGCCCAUGACGAUGGACUGCGCACACAUAUGCACAAUUACACACACAUCAGACACACGCAUAUUUAUAUGAAUCAUAAAGUACUGUACAAUACCAAACGAACAUGUACACAAAGCAGACAAUACUACAUUCAGUAGUCUAGCUCAGAGAUUUAGCUCGUUCUGGUGAAACAAUUUGAACUACUCCAUUUAUGACUAUUGCAUGUUUGGCCGCAGAGGCAUCACCUGGGAACUAAUUACUCUCUACUGUAUAUUGGAAAAGGUAUUUAUAGAAACAACUGUCUUCUGAACCAGCAUGCAGACUCAGAUCAUAACCCACCUGAAGAAAUGACACUUGUACCUUAUUUAGAUAACUAGCAAGUACUUAGACCAAAAGAUAUGUGAGUAGAAAAGCCAAAAAUAUGAGACUGCGUAACCCGAAAUACUUUAGAAUUAGCAUUGCAAAUGUUAUUUGUGGGAAUGGUAGCGUUCCCGUUAGUGUUACUGCAUAAAUGCAUGAAUAAUUCAGCUCCCACUAAUAUCCGAUCUCUAGUAGCCCCUUGCUAGUUAUGAAAUAAAGUAUCUCUGUCAUUUGUGUACGUUUUGGGGUUGAGCUGGGUGUUCGGGGUUCUUUUCUACAGGUUUGUUUGAGAUUUUGCUAAACGGAAAAGAAAAAAAAACUGAAUAAUUGUAAUAAUUUCUUAAUAACCUUCUUACAUUGUAAAGAGUUUCAGGAGGGUAGACAAGCGUGUGUGGUAGACACUCAUCCGUGAGCUGAAAACUGUUUUCUGUAUCCUGCAUGUUGAUUACAAUAAAACACCUUGGUUUUCUCA